AUAAGAGGGAUAACUUUGAUUUAUCCAUCUGCAGAAAUCACAAUUCUUAUUAUGUUAACAUCUCUGAUAGUCAGCAAAUUCAACAACCUAUACGACGCGACGAAUUUAGCUCUACAAGUAUGUACAACUACUGGAAACACGAGUGCCCUUGAACAAGUGUCGUUAACUCAUCAACAAAUCAACGGGGCCUUAAAGGAAAUCAACAGGUGUUUUGGUAUUCAAAUGCUAAUGGGGAUUACCUCGAGCUUAUACACGACAAUCUAUUACUUAUACCGUAUAUGCACCAUCAACUACAUUAAGACGCACAGCAAUCCUCAUGAGCAAAUCCAUUACUUCUUGAGUCUUCUGUACCGCUCCUGCAAAUUAAUUAUUUAUACAGUGCUUGGACACAACAUAAGCAAUUCGUCCAAAAAACCUCUUGAAGCCUUUCAGAACACGAGAAUUCUGCAAUUCCCCUCUAAAACACUGGAACAGAUACAACUGUUGGUUAUUUUGUGGCAAGGACAGCAGGCUACACUUUCAGGAUUUAGUGUUGUUAAUAUAGGACCUUGGUUAUUGGCUCCUAUUGUUGGAAACGUUAUUACUUAUUUGCUAGUGGCCCUGCAGUUUCAAAAUAGCGGCCCCGAUAUUUCACAAAACGUUUCCGCUUAUCUCGAAUACGUGCUAUGAUUAUUUUCGAACAAAUUCUCUC